UCAAUCAUGACACGCUGACCGCCAUGGCGCAGCGGAUGUUCCUGUACGCUGAUGUGUGCUCAUAGGUUGUGGGUGCUUUGGUUAAAGUCUCUGGCGAUGGCAUCUACAUGCGCUUCACCCUCAAUGAUGCUCAGCAAUGGCCGGCAGCAGCUCAGAUGAAGGGAUGAAAGGUUGCCGCUGGUAGGACUUGGCUGUGCUAGUGGUGUCAGGCAGAGCCAUGUAUCAGCCGCGCUGGAGAUUGGAUACCGGCUUUUUGAUACUGCCCAGGCAUACCAGUGGGGCUACCACGAAGAUGAGGUGGAGGAGCAGUGCAGCACAUGCCUCGACAAGCAAGAUUCAUCCAGAGGACCUGGGCUACACUUCGACCUUGAGUGCCUUCAAGGUGUCCUUGCAGAGGUCCAGCCAAUUGCAAGAAGAACAUCGGCAGCCGUGGCAGUCGCUGCACAAACCCUGGUGCUGGCCGGGAGCUUGCUCACGACAGCCAGAAGGAACGUGGAAGGAUGGCUGGCGCGCGCUGGAGGAGCUUCAUGGGCUUGGCCAAGCCCUGGCCAUUGGCAUUUGUGAUGUUGAUAUGGACUUGUUGGAGGAGCUUCUUCAGCAGAGGCAGAAACCUCACAUCAUACAAAACUGGAUGGACCCCUUUCAUCAGGACAAAUUAGUUCGUCGAAAGUGCCAGGAAGAAGGAAUCCAAUACCAGGCCUACAGCACUCUUGGCGCCCAAUGGGUAUAUUUCAAGGGCUAUGAAGUGAAUCCUGUCUUCAGCAACCUGGUGCUACAGGAGAUUGCUCAAUUCCACAACCGCACUGUUGCACAGGUGGUUCUGAACUGGGCAGUUCAUCGAGGCAUCUCUAUAAUCCCAGCUUCCAAGGACCCCACACGCCAGAGGUCCAAUUUCCACAGUUUCGACUUCACUUUGGCACAAGAACAGAUGGAUGCCAUCGACGCGCUGGACGGUGCGCUUGACAAGAAAGGCCCUGAGCUGUGAGAUGUGAAAAAGGUGGCGGCUGGCGCACGCACACGCUGCACACACGCAGUGGAAUGCAGAACUUGCGAGGACCAUGCAGAC